AUGGCGGAGAAGCGACGGUCCGGUGUUACCGUAAUGUCUGACUCCAAAUCAGCCAAAUCGGACAACGAUAAAGAGUUUUUGUGUCAAGCUGGGGUUGGGGAUUUGCUUAGAGAUGCUUUACUGAAACUGGUGGAAGCUAGACCCGAAGAUCCUAUAGGUUUCCUUGCCGAACAUUUUAGUAAUUUAGCCUCAGAGUCGGAGACUGGGACGGAUGGAGAGCAUCUCGUGCAGGAGCAGCAGCUGCUGAGUAGAGCGUUGUGGCAUCUCAGUCUAGCGCAUCAUUCACAAAGGUCUGCGUUCAACAGUAACAUCCGAGUGGCAUAUGAGCUGCUGACCCAAGCUGGUCCUCAGCGCAGGGUGCCGGGAGGGGUCAGGGGUCGUCUCUAUACGGAAAUGCUCCAGUGUCUCUGCAGUGAAGGGGGGCUGUCCGGUACGACUGCCGCGCCCCUCCUGCGAAGGAUCCGGUGCCAUAACCACGAAGCGGUGCCCUUCGAGCUGUUCCGUCAGGGCGUGAUAACGUGUGCGGUGUUCGCCGACUAUAUCAGAAAGUCUCAGUGUCUCUACGCAGCGGUGGCCAGUUGCCCCGAGCGACCUGCUGAGAGAGCGCUGUGCCAAGCGGUGCUCGGAACGCUGCGAGAAGCGUUAGAGACCUCAGAUUGUGCCGAUACUGCGCGAUACCUGGAGGCAAGCGCUAAGAUCUCCCCGUGUAAAGUAGCACAGGCGAUGGCUGAGGUGCGCUGUUCCUCCGAGCAGCAGGAGGGGCCGACAAUGGACGCACAGGAGUUUGAGGAUGCGGCUGCUGAACUCUUUAUCGCACGGGUCCGUGUUGUGACGUGA